ACCCUGUCCGGUGACGUCCAUUCUAGGGACUAUACAGCCUGGCUGACGCGACUACACAUAGAGGAUAUUCUGGAUCUGGUGUCAACCAGACUACUACUAUUAGCAUCCUACAGAAAGGAGAUAAAUUACUUUAAUUCUGACAGUUUUCCUUCUUUUCCGGCCGUUUUGGGUGUAGGCACGGGGGCGAUUCUUUUAUUUUAAAGGGACUACGUUGAAAAAAAAGAUACAACGGUUUUGUUUCGGGAACGUCAACGCACCGUAACUGUGUUGUUAACCGCUGUCAUUUCGAGAUAAACUACAUAGAUUGUUAUUUCCCUUUAUUUCUGAAUGUCUGUAUGGAGUCAAAGUCAUAACUUGGCACAGGUGUAGUUGAAGGCUAUGUGGUGUGGUCGUGUAACAUUCCAAACACCGUUUCCCGAUACGUCUGCCUUUCCUGUCGGAAGCCUGGUGAGUUGAGAGAGAGAGAGAGAGAGGGGCGAGCCCCCGAACAUGAUCUCACGGAGCGGGAAUGCGAGGAGCCAUGAGCUGGUCGGGUUCCCACGGCGGGCUGAGCUGCUCUGGAGCCGGGAUUAACCUGGUCUACCUCUCGCUGCUGCUCUGGAGCUCCUGCUCUGGCAUGGACGGACUGGCUGAUUUCUCAAAAUACCUGUCCCGGAUCAUUACCAGUCACUCUGUGCAUGCGUGCGACGGACAGCAGGUACGUCUCUACUGUCCGCGCCACUCCACCAUCUCUAUCCAGUCGGCGUUUUACGGACGUGCCGACGCAGCACUCUGCACCAAUGGGACGGCUGCGGGUGUCAGAGUGGCCAACUACAGCUGUUCCGCGUUGACGAGCCUACAGAAGUUACUGUCAGAGUGUCAGAGCCACAGAGACUGUCAGCUACCUGUCAAUCACCUGGUGUUUGGGCCCGACCCCUGUCCUGGGACCAUCAAGUACCUCCACGUCACCUACAAGUGUAAACCUACUGAGCAUAAGAGCAGUGUGGUGUGUGAGGGAGAGAAGCUGACGUUACACUGUAAGCCUCCCAGAGUGCUGAUCAUCUACACAGCUGCUUACGGUAGGGGUCUGGGCCACACCUGUCCCUCACAGGACAGAGGAACACCCCCGUUUGAGUGUUUGAACCACAAUGCGGUUCACACUCUGUCACAGAGCUGCUACAGCAAACAGAGGUGUGUUGUCGCCGUAGACAACCAGACCUUCAGAGACCCCUGCUACCCUGGAACCAGGAAGUACCUGACUGUACUCUACUCCUGUGUACCACAGACAUUGCUGCAGGAAGCAGACCCAGGUGUACUACACAGACCCACCUCACACCCAAAAGCCCACCCCGGUCCUCCCCCAGCCCACCCUGGUCCUCCCCCAGCCCACCCCGGUCCUCCCCCAGCCCACCCUGGUCCUCCCCCAGCCCACCCAGAUCCUGCAGAUGUGGCUGUCUAUCCUAAGGACUCCAGAACACCAGGAAACACAGGAGUCAUGAUGAGUAACUCUGUUAUGACUUACUCCUAUAUUAAAGAGCACCCAGAGACUGCGGCGUUGCUGUUCACCUCCAGUGUGUGUGUUGGUCUGCUACUCACCCUGCUGGCUGUGUCUAUCAGACUGACCUGUAGGGGGCUCCGCCACACAAACAAAACACAAACAUGCAGGAGCCAGGAAGAGGAGGAUGAUGAUGAUGAUGAGGAGGAGAUGACUGACUGCUCGCUGCUGUCGGACUCAGACAGGCAGCUGGCUUACUGCUGGGAGGAAGUGAGCUACAGGACAGCGGACGCGGAGAGGCUAGAACGCAUGGAGAGGAGGGACAUGGUGAUCCAGGAGAUCUGGAUGAACUCUGAUCUCUACGGGACGUCCUGUGAUCAGGACCAGACUCCUUAUCUACCACUCAGUUACACACAGCUGGAGUAACAGAACCAGACUCCUUAUCUACCACUCAGUUACACAGCUGGAGUAACAGAACCAGACUCCUUAUCUACCACUCAGUUACACAGCUGGAGUAACAGAACCAGACUCCUUAUCUACCACUCAGUUACACACAGCUGGAGUAACAGAACCAGACUCCUUAUCUACCACUCAGUUACACAGCUGGAGUAACAGAACCAGACUCCUUAUCUACCACUCAGUUACACACAGCUGGAGUAACAGAACCAGACUCCUUAUCUACCACUCAGUUACACAGCUGGAGUAACAGAACCAGACUCCUUAUCUACCACUCAGUUACACACAGCUGGAGUAACAGCUGGAGUAACAGAACCAGACUCCUUAUCUACCACUCAGUUACACAGCUGGAGUAACAGAACCAGACUCCUUAUCUACCACUCAGUUACACAGCUGGAGUAACAGAACCAGACUCCUUAUCUACCACUCAGUUACACAGCUGGAGUAACAGAACCAGACUCCUUAUCUACCACUCAGUUACACAGCUGGAGUAACAGAACCAGACUCCUUAUCUACCACUCAGUUACACAGCUGGAGUAACAGAACCAGACUCCUUAUCUACCACUCAGUUACACAGCUGGAGUAACAGAACCAGACUCCUUAUCUACCACUCAGUUACACACAGCUGGAGUAACAGAACCAGACUCCUUAUCUACCACUCAGUUACACACAGCUGGAGUAACAGAACCAAACUGUGUAUGUGAGAGAGAGUUAUUUUUUUUACCUUUAUUUAACUAGGCAAGUCAGUUAAGAACAAAUACCUCUCCUCUCCUCUCCCCUCCUCUCCUCCUCCUCUCCUAGUCCAACACUCUAACCACUAGGCUACCCUGCCGCCCCAGUUAUGCUACAGGGAGGGGAUUACUGGGUCGUCUGGUCCAUCAGACUGACCCCUAGUCUACACUAAGUGAUUGAGGGAUGUUUUGGUAAUGUGAAUAUAGGAAUUCCAGAGUUUGGAACCUCUGUAUCUGAUAAGAGAAUUCUCUCUGGUUUUAUGGAUUUGGGAAUGAACCUGGAAGAAUACAUUGAAGGGUUUUGGUAGGUUGUCGGGGAAGUAUGUAUAUUUAUAGAUGAAGGUGAAUAAUUGGAGUAUAUUAAUGUUGUAUUUGGAAGAUAAUAUAUUGAGUUUCUUAAACGGGGGGGAAAAUUGAGUUAGUUAGAGGAGGUGGCUAGUCUGGCCAAUGUCUUUUGUGUGAUGAGUAAUUUUUGUAGGUAGGAAACAAAUAUCUUUCCAGGACAACUUUUCAUCAACUAGUACACCGAGGAAUCUAGUAGAUUUCAUUCCAUUUUGAUAUUCUGGCUCUUUUUGUAUAUAUACACAUUUACAUAUAUUAUAUAGUUCAGAUUCUUACCUGUGAAUACAAUGUAGUGGGAUUUAUCAAUAUUUAUAGAUAAUUUGUUAAUCUGGAACCAUUUGGGAAAAUGUGGCCA